GCUCUGCAAGAGAGGUGCAUAAUAUUGAUACUCGCGGGUUCUCGACGUCGUUGGUGCAAAAUCUCUGUUUAUCUCACCUAUGUUGACCGUGUACACUAGCUAAAUGGAUCAAGAGAAUGCCAAAUAAAGGAAAGAAAGAGAAGCAGGCUUCAAAGGCCGGGGGGAGUGCGAAGCAAGCGAAUAAAGAAAACGGCGACGGUUUAAGCGAUGAGGCAAAAGCGAAGUCUCAAGCCGCUACUCAUCCUCCCAGUCAAGCAGUGAAACUUAGACAAUAUGCAAAUGGCCCAUCGAUUAUGAGGAAGGAAAAGAGACAGAGUUCUUCGUCUUUCAACGUGAGCGACAAUCGGGAGAUAAUGAAAUUGCCUCCCCUGAAGGAUACAGCACCAAAUGAAAGAGAACAACUCUUUGUUCAAAAACUUCAGCAGUGUUGCAUUUUGUUCGACUUUGUGAUGGAUCCGCUAAGUGACCUCAAAUUCAAGGAAGUCAAAAGAGGGGCACUUAAUGAGAUUGUUGAUUUUAUCACUCACAACAAAAAUGUGAUCACAGAACCAAUUUAUCCUGAAGUAACUCGUAUGUUUGCUGUCAACACAUUCAGGACUCUUCCACCCCCAUCAAAUCCAAAUGGAGCAGAGUUUGAUCCUGAAGAAGAUGAACCAAGCUUAGAAGCUGCCUGGCCACAUCUUCAAAUUGUGUAUGAAUUAUUCCUGAGGUUUCUGGAGUCUCAGGAUUUUCAGCCAGCAUUGGCCAAGAAAUUUAUUGAUCAAAAAUUUGUUAUGCAGCUGCUUGAUCUUUUUGAUAGUGAAGAUCCAAGGGAACGAGAUUUCCUUAAGACAGUUCUCCACAGAAUAUAUGGCAAGUUCCUUGGACUCAGAGCAUAUAUCAGAAAACAUAUAAAUAAUAUAUUUUACCGAUUUAUAUAUGAAACUGAACAUCACAAUGGGAUUGCAGAGUUGCUGGAAAUUCUAGGGAGCAUCAUCAAUGGCUUUGCAGUUCCACUCAAAGAGGAACAUAAAUAUUUCCUUAUGAAAGUUCUUAUGCCUCUUCACAAGGUCAAAGCACUCAGUAUGUACCAUCCACAGUUGGCUUACUGCAUUGUACAAUUUUUGGAAAAGGAUCCCACACUCACCGAACCGGUGAUUGUGUCGCUUAUGAAGUUCUGGCCAAAGGUUCACAGUCCAAAAGAGGUUAUGUUUCUUAAUGAACUUGAAGAAAUUCUUGACGUCAUUGAGCCAUCAGAAUUUGCCAAAAUCCUUGAACCUCUCUUCCGCCAACUGGCAAAGUGUAUCUCAAGCCCACACUUUCAAGUUGCUGAGCGUGCAUUGUAUUACUGGAAUAACGAGUAUGUGAUGAGCUUGAUGAGUGAUAAUGCUGGUGUCAUAGUGCCCAUCAUGUUUCCUUCUCUUUACAAACACUCAAAGAACCACUGGAACAAGACAAUACAUGGUCUCAUAUACAAUGCUUUAAAGCUCUUUAUGGAGAUGAAUCAAAAGCUCUUUGAUGAAUGUACACAAAAAUAUAAACAAGAAAGACAGAGGGAAAAAGAGGAUCUCAAAAAGAGAGAGGAAGCGUGGCUAAAAAUUGAUGAACUAGCUCGGAAAAACCCUGAUUAUGUCAAGAUUGCCCGUCUAGCUGGUGUUGAUGAUGAGAGAGAUAGGGAGCUUAUGGACCAGGGUUGUGAGAUGGAAGGGGUAGAAGAUGGAGUGGUUGUUCUUCAAGGAGUCUCGAAAACGGAAUUUUCAUCAAAGAAACCAGGGAACAAAAAGUUUGUACGGCGGAAAUCUGAGCUUCCUCAUGACUCAUGUACUGUGAAGGCACUGUCAGACUAUAAUAGUCCAGAUGAAUACUUGGCCACAGCAGCAGAGGGGUAAAAUUUGUCCAUUUGUCUUCCCUCUUCCUCUUUUUCCCCCCUUCUCUCCCCUCCCCCCCCCCCUCCCAUCUGGGUGUGGCACAAUAGAACUCUUCUUAGUGGUUCAGAGUCGCUUACAGUGACUGAUUUACGGUUACACUAAAAAAUGUGUUGUUAUGUGUUUUAAGGUAAAAUGUAUAUAAUAACAUGGAAUUCAGGUAUUAGUAAAAUUGUGAAAAAUUCACUUCUCAGAAAACUACUUUGUGGAAAGAAGAAUGCUACAAGUUGAGAAAUCAUUUCUCAUAGUAGUGGGCUGGUCUGCAAACUGACAGCUUGAAAUGAGUUUCUCUAAAUAUUUAACUACACAGGAAAUUUGUUUCAGCAACCUUAAGAAGCACCUUUUAUUUGUUAAUCCCACAAAGUUUCUUGUUUUAGGGUCACUUUUUGGUCAAGAAAAUUAAUAAUGGUAGUAGGAGGUAGUGAAGUCCAAUUUGGUCUGUAAUCGUAUGAGUGAUUAACAAAAUGGUAUGACUGUGAAGCAGACGUCUGAUUUGUCAGUCACGAGCAUGAUUACAGACAGAAUUGAACAACACUAAGUCCAGUUGUCAAUUAAUCAUAACCAUUACAAUUUAAAAAAAACAACAAAAACAAAUACAUUUAGGACAGACAUCUCUGGGAGGGACAAUGUCUAGUGAGUAAAAUAGCUCUAUUUUGGAAAUUCCCCAGUUUUUUUUUUUCAGGAUAAGUGGUUGUUGCUAUGGUUAUUGUGAUCAGUUCUGUGAUUGGUGGAUUUAGCUGAGUGGACCUACAGUGAUUGGCUGCUUUAACUGUCUAAUUACAGGUGUCCAAUUACAGCCAACUGUCUGAUUACACUGUCUGAUCACAACUGUACAGAAUGAUUGGUGAAAAAUAAAGCAGCAAAUGCACCAAUCACAUUUGAGGAAAUUGUAAUGGUUGUAAUUAAGUGUGAAAUUUGGAAAAAAAGAAAAACCCAGACAUUUGCAUGGUUUGGUGAAAAACUAUCCCCAUUCAUAUCAAGGAUUUUAUGUACAACUAAUUAUAAUUGCAGCAUGUCAUCUCCCCUGUAAUAUGGCAAAUGCUUUAGUAAGUCAGGGGUGGGGAGGGAGCUUAUCAAAUCCUGGAACCUUCGGAGAGGUGGGUUUUUGGAGAGGGGGUCCUUUUAGAUGUGCAAGUUUUUCCAAUGAAGAGGCUUAUUUGAGAAUCGACUAGUGAGAGGGGGGAGGGGGAUUUGGAUAGAUAGAUCUUGAUGAAAACCCACCAAACACUCAAGUGAAAAUCUUAAAUUUUCAUCUGAACUGUUGCUCAGAUUUAAUGAAUAUUGUAUUCAGAAUGCAUUUCUUUGACCUGUGAUAUUUUGACUGGAGCCUUCAGAGGCCUUUGAAUUUAAGUAUAGUUUGUACUGAAAUGCUACAUAGCCCAAACAAAUGGCAAUGACUCCACUAUUUUCUAUUUUGUCAAAUAGAAGGGAGGGGGUUACUUUUUAGAGCAUUCACUAAGUUAGUUUCCUGUCACAGUUUGGUGACUGUGUCCUUGUGCAACUGUUUCCUCUUGGAGAGAGUUACACGUGACAAUUGUUAUUUAUUAUUUUUAUUAGCAAAAUAAUAACAAAAAGUUAAGAUAUUAUUUUACCAUUUGUAGAUGACUUAUUAUUUUGAAGAUAGCUGUACUUGAAACCAACCUAACUGUAAAAGCUUUAUUAAUCCAUCUCUUUACUUCUCUCUUUAAAGAUAUAUUUAUUUCAGAUCAACCAUACUUUGUGGUAAUUCGAGUCUUUCUGACAAGCAGACAAGCAUUAUUAUAUGAGAAGUGUCUUUUUGGCUGUAUGGCCAAUUUUAGCAAACAGUAAAGCUUUUGGAGGGUUACGAUCUCAAAGGAACACCUCUUUUUAGUGAACUUAGUAAAGCUUUUUCAGUUAAGUUGGUUAACCAUUUGUUAUCAGGUGGCAAGUCUGAAAUUUUUUAUAUGCUAUGUUUUUAAACAAUGUUUACUGAUCAGUAAGGGUUUUUAUCAACUCUCUUCCUCCCUCAUGUGACAGAAGAGGAAUUUCACUUGACGAGAAAAAGAGUGAGACCAAUUCAGAAAUCUUUUUCACCUUACUCAGAGCUCAUUUGUAAGAAGUGAGCAACGCACUGCUGAGAAUUGCUUUUCACAUUUUGUGAGUGAUUGGGUUAAGGGAGCUAUGAGCUUAAUUUUGAGUCGUUUUUGUUGAACGUGCUAAUUUACCUUCAGAGUGAUGUAAGAUAUUAAAAUGUAAGCAUGGCAAGAUGGAAACACCAAAAUGAAGAAAUUCAGCUUUAAAAGGAAUCAGGUUGACAAGGGUGGAGAGGAAUUUGGGCGAUAGUUCUUUUAACAAAGCUGUGGAAAAAUCUGUUUAAAUCUGUUUAGCUGUCAGUUUUAUUUGAUAAAAUGCCAAGAAAAUGAGUUGCAAAAUCUGCUUGGCCGUUAAAUACGGAUAAGUUACUCAGGAAAGGAAUAGACAUCACAGCUUAUGCACCUUGGAAUUCCCCAUGUUUGUCAUUUCAAUCUGAGACAGUCAUCUUGAUUUGCAGGCAUUUUUGUUGCUUUUUUGUUUUGUGCUACCUUAUUCGUAUUUUUCUGUUUUAAACAACUGAUAUUUUUUGGUUCCGUAUUAAAUGAAGGUAGUUUUUCAUCACCAAUAAAAAAGGGAACGCGACUAUAAUUAUUCCUACAAGGCUUCUGUACGACACGAUGUGUCCAACGGAAUGGGUGGGGUCGGUGGUGACGUUGUUGGGGGGCGGGGGGGUUGUAGGCGUGUUAUGAGCUAGUUUAAAGCAUUCAUAGUAACAUUCACUCUACCCGUUCGCGGUUUUUAAAACGUUGGUGCUUAUGAUCUGUAAUGUCUUGUAAAUACAGUAGAGGUUGUCGGGAACAUCUAUUGUCACGUAGUGAUGGGGUUUCUAAUGAGUUCUGCGAUGGCGCAUGGGAAAAGAAAGAGAAAAAAAGAAAGUCGUUCAUAAUGAUAUCGAUAUAAGGAUUUAACAUGCCUCGUGAUAGAUAGGUACAUGGAAGUUGUAGUAAAAUGUUGUUGAAACUUGA